UAUGUAUAAAUAAUUUUCUUAAAUAUAUAUAUCGAUCACUAUCAUAAACUUAUCACAGUGAGAAAAAAAUGGCGAAGUAACAAGACCUACCAAUUUCAACUCUAGCAGCUGGAUCAGAUCAUCAUAUAACAAUUAUUUGCCUCUCUUUUCGUCAUCACCUCUUAUAUGUAUAGCUAUUAUAUUCUAUAUAUAAAUAUAUACAUACACAUGUAUCUAUCAUCAAUCAAAUAAAGUUCUCUUUCUCCUUUCAUCACUUUUAUCCUCUCACUCACACUUUUCCUGUUUUAUCUCUUUCCAUCUCCCUUCCCUACAUCUUUAUACCACUCCCCCCUUCCCCCUCUGAUCUCUCUCUAUAUAUAUGCACAAUAUUUGUGUAUAUAUAUAUGUUAUUGAAUACAUAUGUAAUAUAAAUAUAUCUUCACUUUCUGUUCUUAUACAUAAUACACUUAUUUCUCUUCUUCAUUUUACAAUAAUAUAUAUUAUAUAUUCAUUUCCUUGUUCAAUAUAAUAUCACAUUAAUGUUGAUAUUUGAUGUGCUUUGAUCUUCAAAUUAUAAAGCUAUCAGAUCUUAGAAAUCUGGGCUUUAUUUCGUUUUAUUUGAUCUGGGAAUAUAUAAGAGCUUCGUAAUUUCUUCAUCGAUAUUAUUAAUUUCAAGUUUUCAGGUGAUUGCUGGUCCAGGCUAAUUCGGGUGUUCGCCAUGGAAGCAUCAACAGCUGUGAUUGUCUUAUCUGCUGUAGCAGCUUAUUUCAUAUGGUUUAGAUUCAUCACGCGGUCAAUGAAGGGUCCACGUGUCUGGCCCUUAUUGGGCAGUCUUCCGGGCCUAGUUCAGAACGCUCACCGCAUGCACGACUGGAUUGUGGACAACCUUGGUGCUUGUGGCGGCACGUACCAGACUUGUAUUUGUGCCAUUCCAUUCUUGGCCCAAAAGCAGGGACUUGUGACUGUCACGUGCGACCCCAAAAACCUGGAGCACAUUUUGAAGAUCCGGUUCGAUAAUUACCCCAAGGGUCCGACGUGGCAAGCCGUGUUUCAUGAUUUGUUAGGCCAAGGGAUCUUCAACUCAGAUGGUGACACGUGGCUUUUCCAGCGUAAGACCGCCGCACUAGAAUUCACCACCAGGACUCUUCGCCAAGCCAUGGCUCGAUGGGUGAGUCGAGCCAUUAAGCUUAGGUUUUGCCCCAUCCUUGAAACGGCUCAGUUACAUGGGAAGCCUGUUGAUCUCCAAGACCUCUUGCUCCGGCUUACUUUCGAUAACAUAUGUGGCUUGGCUUUCGGAAAGGAUCCGCAAACGCUUUCCCAUGACCUGCCGGACAACAGCUUCGCUGGAGCUUUCGACCGAGCCACGGAAGCCACACUGCAACGGUUCAUUUUACCAGAGAUCAUAUGGAAGUUGAAGAAAUGGCUCGGCUUAGGAAUGGAAGUCGACUUGAGCCGAAGCCUUAGACACGUGGAUGAGUACUUAUCUAGUAUCAUCAACACACGCAAACUUGAAUUACUGAGUCAACAAAAAGAUCCUCACGAUGAUCUACUCUCCAGGUUCAUGAAGAAAAAGGAAUCUUACUCGAACGAGUUCCUUCAACAGGUGGCACUCAAUUUCAUCCUAGCUGGACGUGACACGUCAUCAGUAGCGUUGAGUUGGUUUUUCUGGUUGGUCAGUCAAAACCCAAAAAUAGAAGAGAAAAUCCUCAUGGAAAUUUGCACAGUCUUACUUGAUACACGUGGCAACAACGUAGAGAAAUGGGUAGAAGAGCCACUAGGAUUUGAAGAAAUUGACCGAUUGAUAUAUCUUAAGGCAGCCUUGUCCGAAACCCUAAGGCUAUAUCCUUCGGUGCCUCAAGAUUCCAAGCACGUGAUCUCCGACGACAUUUUGCCCAACGGCACCUUCGUUCCGGCAGGCUCAUCGGUGACCUACUCAAUCUACUCAAUUGGAAGAAUGAAGUACAUUUGGGGUGAAGAUUGCUUAGAAUUUAAACCAGAAAGAUGGUUAUCAUUAGAUGGAACAAAAUUUGAGGUACAAGAUUCCUAUCGAUUUGUGGCAUUUAAUGCUGGCCCUAGAAUUUGCCUAGGCAAAGACUUAGCUUACUUGCAAAUGAAGUCAAUAGCGGCGGCAGUGCUGCUGCGCCACCGCCUUGGGGUGGUGACCGGCCACCGCGUGGAGCAAAAGAUGUCAUUGACAUUAUUCAUGAAGUAUGGCCUUAGGGUUAAUGUGCUACCAAGGGACUUGAAGCCUAUUUUAGCAACACUAUUAUGCAACAAUAAUAAUAAUAUUAAUAGUGACUCAAUCUCAACAUUUUGUGGUAAAGAGGCCUUCACCAAUGGUAACUAUGGGACUGGUGUUGAAGUAUUGGCUGGUUUUGCUUAAUAGGGUAAAAAGUUAAUUAUUUUGGUUAAAAGUUUUAUUACUUUUUAUAUAGACUUAUAUAUAAUGCAUAUAUAUGUAUAAUUAUAAUAAUAUACUUUAGUAAUUACCGAAGUGUAAACAUGUAAGUGUGCGGUUAUUGGUAUUUAUAUGACAAGUCAUGAUGAUCGUAGC